GUUUCUGAUUUACGGACAAAAAGUAUUUUGGGGAGACAUUUCCCUGAAUCCCUCAACGGUUUGCCUCGCCCCUGUUCGGAAAAUCCGAGGGAAAAAUAGGUUCGAAACCUGCCUCGCCUCAAAGAUGGGAUCGAACCGGAAUGAUUAGACCCUUGAUUAGGGUUCUCUCACAUUCGAUCCCCUGAAAUUAUCAUCAUCAUCAUCAUCAUCAUCAAAUCGAAUCCAUUUUCAGGAUCAUUUUGAGUUUCGAGUUCGAUCUCCAUUGCCGAUCCGAUCUCGGGAGGACGAGAAGGGACGCGGCGCAAAGAUUUCGGUGCGUGAAGGAGGUUGUUCCGGGGACGACAAAUGAUGAGGGGCUUCUCGUGUACGGAAGAUGGCGAUGCGCCUUCGACCUCGAGUACUUCGCCGCCGCCGCCGCCGCCGCCGCCCCAUCGACAGCAGAUGCAGGCGCCUCGAGCUUCUUCUUCUUCUUCUGGGCAGCCGACGAGCCGGCGGAGCACUGGCAAUGUCUUUAAACUCUUAGCACGAAGAGAGGUCUCUCCACGUUCAAAACAUUCUUUAAAGAAGUUUUGGGGAGAAGCCUCAGAGUGUCAGCUCUGUCCCUUCCAGCAAAGUUAUGAAGCAGUAAGAGAUGUAAGACGAAGUCUCAUCUCAUGGGUUGAGGCAUUUUCACUGCAACAUUUGUCUGCCAAAUAUUGCCCCCUUAUGCCUCCUCCAAGAUCAACGAUUGCUGCAGCCUUUAGUCCUGAUGGGAAAAUACUUGCUUCAACACAUGGAGAUCAUACUGUCAAACUUAUUGAUUCUCAGACGGGGAGUUGUUUAAAGGUGUUAAGGGGUCAUAGGAGGACACCGUGGGUGGUAAGGUUCCACCCCUUGUACCCAGAGAUCCUUGCAAGUGGUAGUUUGGAUCAUGAAGUUCACCUGUGGGAUGCAAAUACUGCAGAGUGCAUAGGAUCUCGCAAUUUUUACCGUCCUAUUGCAUCCAUUGCGUUCCACGCCCAAGGAGAUCUUCUUGCUGUUGCAUCUGGUCACAAGUUGUACAUUUGGCACUACAAUAGAAGUGGAGAGACAUCAUCACCAACUAUUGUUUUGAGGACACCACGAUCUCUUAGGGCUGUGCAUUUCCAUCCACAUGCAGCUCCAUUUCUUUUAACAGCUGAGGUCAAUGACCUUGACUUGACAGAUUCGGCUAUGACCCUGGCAACUUCUCCCGGUUAUUUGCACUACCCUCCUCCUACUAUAUAUCUUGCAGAUGCUCAUUCUAAUGAAAGAUCUAGGUUGGAAGAUGAACUGCCUCUCAUGCCUUCACCAUUGUUGAUGUGGCCUUCCUUUACUAGAGAUGAUGGAAGAGCAACCUUGCCACACAUAGGUGGGGAUGUUGGUCUUAGUGGACAGCAGAGGGUAGACUCGUUGUCUUCAGGGCAGUAUGAAUUCCAUCCAUCUCCAUUUGAACCUAGCAGCUCUACUUCCAUGCAUGAAGAGACGGGAACUGAUCCUUUCUCUAGUGUAAGGGAAUCUGAAGUAACUCAGUCUGCAAUGAACAUUGUGGACAAUACGGAAGUGCAACCUGAAGAGAGAAGUACUUAUAGUUUCUCUUUUAGCGACCCAAGGUUUUGGGAGCUGCCUUCGGUGUAUGGAUGGUUAGUUGGUCAAACCCAAGCUGCCCCUCGAACUGCACCAAGUCCUGGAGCUCUUGAAACUGCAUCUGCUCUUGGUGAGGUAGCGAGUGUUUCACCUGUCAGAUCUGAAUUUAUGCCAGGUGGCAUGGACCAGCCACGGCUUGGUGGAAGAUCUGGGUCUGGAUGUCGGUCUUCUGGGUCUCGGAUGAUGCGCACAGCUGGACUUAAUGAUCACCCACAUGAUGAGAACUAUCCUCAAUCUGUCGUUAGUAAACUCAGGUCUGAACUUGAAGCCUCGCUGGCUGCAGCAGCAUCUACAGAGUUGCCAUGCACGGUGAAGCUUAGAGUAUGGCCAUACGACAUGAAAGAUCCUUGUGCACUUUUUCGUUCAGAAAGUUGCCGCUUAACUAUUCCUCAUGCAGUUCUAUGCAGUGAAAUGGGCGCCCAUUUUUCUCCUUGUGGCAGAUUCUUUGCUGCCUGUGUUGCAUGUGUGCUACCUCAGUUGGAAGCUGAUCCUGUAUUACACGGCCAGGUCGAUCCCGAUGUCACUGGAGUGGCAACCUCACCUACUAGACACCCUGUUUCUGCUUAUCAAAUCAUGUAUGAGCUUCGGAUUUAUUCCUUGGAGGAGGCAACAUUUGGAAUGGUGCUUGCAUCACGAUCCAUAAGAGCUGCUCAUUGUUUAACCUCCAUUCAGUUCUCUCCAACAUCUGAACACUUACUGCUCGCCUACGGCCGUCGACAUAAUUCGCUUCUUAAAAGUAUAGUCAUUGAUGGAGAGAAUACAGUGCCUAUUUACAGUAUAUUGGAGGUCUACAGAGUUUCUGAUAUGGAACUUGUGAGAGUUCUUCCCAGUGCGGAAGAUGAAGUAAAUGUUGCAUGCUUUCACCCUUCAGUUGGAGGUGGCCUGAUUUAUGGAACAAAGGAAGGGAAGUUAAGGAUUCUCCAAAUUGACAGUUCUGGGGGCUUAAAUCCAAAAUCAACUGGUUUUCUUGAUGAAAACAUGGCAGAGGUGCCUACAUAUGCUUUAGAAUGCUAGUAGCUUGGAAGUGCAACACGCUCGUGAAAUUUACUGCUCGACCUUGAAGUCUUUUGAAGCAUAUUAUGUCAAAACUGGGAAGAAGUUCAUCAAUUAUGACAUCUGAGGUAAACUCAUUUGAGUUUUUAUUAGGUGAUAAUAUUGCGGAUGAGAUGAUGACAUGUCACCUGCACUUCCCAAGUAGUUUGUGGCUUGAGUGUAGCUGUAUCUGUUUUUCCACGACUGCAAACCCUCAGCCAGACCAAGGUCCUUGUUCCAUUACUUGUCAAAUGCAGUUAGUACAAUUCUUUGCUAUUUGUAAGAGAUAUCUUCCACUGUCAAGAGCCUUAGGCAGUUGAUCUAACUUGGAAGUAGAUGUGUUAGUGCAAGACGUCUUGGGAUUUAUGUUAUACGUGUAUGUUCAUUUUGAUCCCACGGACUAUUGUAUAGGGGGGAAAAGGAAGUUGAUCUAACUUGUAUGGAUUUGUCGGUUUCUGUUCUUUCUCAUCAUUGUAAGGAUGUUGUUUAUAGAUCAAAUGAAAAGUAUUCUUAGUUAAUUA